AUGUCUCGAGAGGAGAAGGCAGUGAUGGCAGCCAGGUUGGCCUUCGAGACAGGGCGUUCAAAAUGUGUGGAUUAUCGCAUCCGGCAGCUGAAGAACCUCCAGCGCUUCCUCAUUGAGCGUCGCCAAGAUAUCUGCCAGGCCAUCAAGAAGGACCUCAAUAAGAGUGAGGUGGUGUGUGAGCUGUUUGAGACACUUGGUCUGGAGGAGGAGCUGGGCCUGGCCAUCCGGAAGGUGAAGGAGUGGGCGGCACCGCGGCCGGUGCAGAAGAACCUCAUGACCAUAGCGGACACGUUGUACAUCAAAGCUGAACCUCUGGGGGUGGUCCUCAUCAUCGGGGCCUGGAAUUACCCCUGGGCCGUCACCGUGCAGCCGCUCAUCGGCGCCAUCGCCGCAGGUAAUGCCGCGGUGGUGAAGCCGUCUGAAGUUUGCGUGCACACAGCCAAAGUGAUGGAAGAUUUGCUGCCGCUAUACCUGGACAACGAGCUCUACCCAGUGGUGACAGGUGGUGUGCCAGAGACACAAAAGUUACUGGGCCAAAAGUUCGACCACAUAUUCUACACAGGAAACAGCGCCGUAGGAAAACUAAUCAUGGAGGCGGCCGCCAAGAAUCUGACACCCGUCACGCUUGAGCUAGGCGGAAAAAGCCCGUGUUACAUCGACAGCAAGUGCAACCUUACCAUCGCCUGCAGACGUGUGGCUUGGGGCAAGUUCACCAACUGUGGUCAGACCUGCAUCGCACCCGACUAUAUCCUGUGUGAACCAGCCAUGCAGCAGAUCAUCAUCCAGGAGCUCCACAAAGCUAUCAAGGAGUUCUACACGGAUGACCCAAAGACAUGCCCGGACUACGGCCGCAUCAUCAACCAGCGCCACUUCAAAAGGAUCAUGAACAUGAUGCAGGACAGCACCAUCGCCCUGGGUGGAGACAAUGAUGAGGAAGACUGCUUUAUAGCUCCCACUGUGCUGCAGGAUGUCAAGCCUGAUGCUAAGGUGAUGCAGGAGGAAAUCUUUGGACCUCUGCUGCCUAUCUUACCCAUCGGUGGCUUGGACGAAGCCAUACGGUUCAUCAACAAGGGCGAGAAACCUCUGGCCCUCUACGUGUUCUCCAAUGACAAGAAGGUCAUUCAGAAAAUGAGGGACGAGACAUCCAGCGGAGGGCUUUUAGCCAACGACUGUCUGGUGCACUACUCUGUCAGCUCGCUGCCGUUUGGGGGCGUUGGUAACAGCGGGAUGGGCUGCUACCAUGGCAAGCACACCUUCGACCAGCUGAGUCACCUGAGAGCGUGCCUCAUCAAGAGGCUCAGAUUGGAGGCAGUGAACAAAAUGCGCUACCCCCCUCACACGGCUAAGAAGCUGGGCUUGGCUCGCUUCUUCAUCCUAAAAAAGUUCAACUUUGGUUUCAUCGGUUACCUGCUGCUAUUCGGCGCCCUUGCCCUGCUGUUUGCCUUACUCAUACAGAAGUGCUUCUUCCACCGUUAA